AUGACUCUGAAUCGCACCAAGCCAGCGACGGUCAUGCGCUCGGAGUCAACCUGGACAAAGAGCGAAAUGUCAGUGACGGAAGAUAACGAGGAUGCUAAAACUCAAAUGCUGUUGAUGGAGCAGAUCAAGUGCAUUGGCGUAAAAGCAAUCUGGUGCCGAAAUUCGGACUCGAUGAAACUUCGUGGCGUGUUUCGAGCGACCAAACUGCCAGCUGGACAGCAUACCAUUGGCACCAAGUGGGGGUUCAAGCCGAAAUAUGGCAUCGAGUACACGGAAACGUUUUUGCCGGUAGUCAAGUACGUGACGCUGCGCAUGGUGGUUGCAAUCACGAAGUACUUUGACUGGACACUGGACCAACUGGACGUGGUGACAGCUUUCCUAUACAGAGAGAUGAAGGAAAAGGCGAUCUACGGACUAAAACAAGCAUCGCGCGUAUGGAACGAGACUUUUCAUGAGUUCGUCUGCUCCAUUGGAUUUCAAGUCUCCGAUUUUGACCAGUGUCUUUAUCUCAAGAUUACAAGUGGCGAGUGCAUGCUUUUGCUGUUAUACGUCGAUGAUGUGUUGGUGACUGGCAGCUCGACCGUACUGAUCAUGCGCACCAAGAGUGACUUAAAGGCGCGUUUUGGAAUGACUGACAGCGGCAAGUGCGCAUUCGUGUUGGGCAUCGAGCUGGUGGACAACGACAACGGUAGCGUGACGAUGUGCCAGCGACGCUACGUGGAAGAUGUUCUCAAUCUUUUUGGCAUGAGCAAUUGCAAAGCCGUCACCAGCCCAACAGACAUCAGUUCUCGACUCAUACCAAGCACCGCAGCAACCAAAAUCGACGCCCCGUUUUGUGAAGCAGUAGGCGCUUUGAUGCACUUGAUGACCGCGACACGACCGGACAUUGCCUUUGCUGUGAGUUACAUUUCGCACUUCAUGGAAAACCCCCAAGUCGAGCAUUGGAUGGAGGUCAAGCGCGUUCUGCUACACUUACAAGGGACUAAGUCGCACGGCAUCUGUUUCAAGUCUGAUGACAAGAUAGACUUCUGCGGCUACUCAGAUGCAGACUGGGCCGGCGACCAUGCAGACUGCAAGUCGACUUCGGGAUAUGCGUUCAUCCUGAUGGGUGCUCCGGUGAGCUGGGGAAGCAAAACGCAGUCAAGUGUGUUGCUUUCAACAAGUGAAGCUGAGUACAUUGCACUAAGUCUGGCGAUUCAAGAAGGCAAGUGGGUGCAUCGAUUGCUGUGCGAAAUUCUGGAUACCGCAGAGGACAAGUCCGGACCUAAGCUCAAGAUCAUGGAAGACAACCAAUCGUGCACCAAGAUGACGAAGAAUCCUGUGAACCAUGGUCGGGCCAAGCACAUCGACAUCAAGUACCAUCACAUUCGUGAUGAAGUCAAGCAUGGUGAUGUCUAG